GCAUGACCUCUAUCAGUGUUUUCACAUACUGGAGAAUGGUUCCUUGUAGCUGACAAAAGAAAACAGGUGAACUGCCUUUUUUUUGGCAAAAGGAGUGAGAGCUCCUCUCACUGGGCAAAAGCCUUUCCAGACUGGUCCCUGAAAGCAUCAUGCGUACAGAUGCCUCUGGUUGCCAUGGUGAAUGAUGCUGAUCUGAAGAAAUGAAUAAUGUGAGCGUUGGGGGCGACAGUGGGAUUACUCAGUGGUUGAGAGAAACAUCCAGGAGAGACCAGAGCGGAGGAAGGAGAAGGCACCAUUUUUUCAGCUUUGGUCCACUCUGCCUCAGAGGGCAGAGCUCUAACCAGAUACGCUGCAAGCAUCAGAAUCGGGAUGAACAUCAAGGUUGGGAACAUUUCUUACACAGAAGCCAUCAUCUCCUGGUCAUCCUCGGAGCCCUGCCUGGAGGACUAUUACCAUAUUAUGUACAGGCCCAACUGGAACAGCAUCUUCUCUGGCUACCUUCGCUACAGCUUCCACCACGAGGAGAAGGUGCCUCGGACCAUCAGCUCCGUGGUGCUGGAGCAUCUCGCCCCGUCCACUCUCUACUUCCUGUGCAUCAGCUGUAAGAAGGCCGCUUUACCUUACAGGCACUACUGCACCAUGUUCCACACCCUGGAUAAGAGUCCGCUGGCUGCCGGAAGCUCCCUGGUGGACCCCCAAAUCUCCCUGUGGGUGCUGAUGGCCAUCCUGCUGGCCUGCUUCACAGCUGUCUUAGCCUUCAUCUGCCUUCAGUUCUGGUGCAUCCGUUGCCAUGAGCCCCGGUGGUCUUACAGAGCUGGCCACGUGGAGGAGGCCAAUGGGCUGGUGAGAUGGCCAGAGGAGGCCCCGGCUCUCGGGCAGAGGGAAGACCUGCAGGGGGUGCCCCUGGUGGAGCUACCACGUAAGAACUCUGGAGCUGAACCAGAAGCUGAAGCCGACCAGGAUGCCCCCAAUGUAGGUGCCUUACAGAGGGAGGGGGUUCGCCAACCGGACAUGCUGCCCCAUCAUGGGGAGUAAAGGACUGUCUGUUCUGCAGAAGACACUUGGACUCUCCCUGCAUCAUCCUGAGACCUACUGAGUGCCCCUGACAUUUAUGGAGCACAAAACCCCAGAAUCACAGGAGGACACUGCAAUGAAUCAGCAGAGAAACAGCAGGACCUGAGAAGCCAAACGGGAGGCCUCAAUCCCCAUUUCCCCGCCCACCUCUGUGAAGUCCUCACCUAAUUGUUCCUGCUCAGCUCUCAGCUCCCCCCACAACCCUGCUUUCACCCCCAUCCCUGCUAGUUGUGAACAAAUAAAGAUGAAUAAACUCGGAGUUUCUGCCUGGA